AUGGCGGAUUUGAUCUCUUCAGCACUUGAGCAUCACAACACACACCCCGAUCAGAGCAUAAAGCCGGUGGAGAGGGAGUUCGAUAUCCCUUCCUCCACCCUCCACGACCGCAUAUCCGGCAAACACCCCUCCAACGCGGGUAGCCAGCGUGGGAAGCUCACCAAGCUCCAGGAGGCAGAUCUGGUCGUGGAAAUCAAUGCUUAUGCCGAGCGGGGUACCAACCUUUGGGUCUCACACGUCCAACAGCUCGCGGAAGCACUGGCUGGCGAAGAUCUGACACAGGCGAGCAGCUUGCGAGCGAUGGGCUUCAAUGCGCGGAUCCUCAACGGCACCACCAAGCAAUUCAACCUGAGGGCGUUCCUGAAGGGCGAGGGGGACAUCUGGACAGUGACCCCCCAGCUGCUGUUAGCGCUUGAGGCUAUCUGGUCGGCUUUAGCGGAGCAUGUCAGUGAGGAGACUGAGAAGAUUGAGCGCGUGGAUGUGGGCAAGCUCUUGGCUAAGAUACGUCAGCUCAUUGUCAAGGCGCUUACCAGCGAGGAGUUUCUGAGUCGUCUUAUUUGCUGCAUAAUGGAUGAGGCGCAAACCAUCGUCAACUGGGGGAAGAACUUCAGGAAGACGAAUUCGCGUCUCGGGGAUCUGGACAGCAUGUUGGGAACCCAGCGAGCGUUGAGGAGAAGGAGUGGAAGAAGAUUGAGGGUAGGACCAGUUGGUGA